AUGGAACUUGAACGACGCAGAGCUAUACUUAAAUUUGAUGCUAAAGAUCAACAAUUAGUUCAUACUUUCUACAACUUAAAACCAAGACAAACAGAGAUACAUUCAGCGAAAACUAUUUGGAAAGCAGUUCAAGAUGAAAAAGCACUCAAAUAUGAGAUUGCUUUAUUUAAAACUUGGUUGUCUUCUUCAAAAUCUUCUUCUUCUUUAACAUUGUGCACAUUCCAAGAUUUAGCAUUAACAAAAAUCAAUGAUAUAUUUACAUAUCUAAUUUUUGAUAAAGAAUUGUCAGCAGCAACAAAUCAUCAGGCAAAUUCUAUUGAUCAAUUUAUCGAAGAUAUAGUAAUGAAAACUAUCUCUACAGCUGAAACUAUUGUCGAAAACUAUGUUCAAAAAGUGAACAAUGAGAAACAAAAAGUGUUAAAUAAUCAAGAGAAAUUUAAAAAACCACCCACUGUCGACAGCGUUAUAACUGCUAUUGAAAAUCGUCAAUUGAAUAUGGCUGAACGUGCUCAAUAUAAUAUUGAACAGAUAUUAAAGACUAUAUUUCAAGAGAACAUCAUUACUAAAACUUAA